AUGGCUAGUACAUUCCAGGAAACACCUAUACUUGAAGCUUCUAAUUCAGAAAAUGUUGAUGCUAAGCUGUCCUUUCUACCUGAAAGACUGAGAAAGAAACUGCUUCCUUUUCAGGAGAAAGGCAUCAUAUUUGCGCUUCAGAGGAGUGGCAGGUGCAUGAUUGCUGAUGAGAUGGGGCUAGGUAAAACAAUUCAAGCAAUUGCCAUUUCAUAUUACUAUAAAAAUGAAUGGCCUCUCUUAAUUGUAGUGCCCUCAUCUCUGAGAUACCCUUGGGUUGAUGAGAUGGAGAAGUGGAUUCCAGAGCUCUCCCCAGACGAUAUUAGCAUCAUUCAGAACAAAACUGAUACUGGGAAUAUAUCAACCAGCAAAGUAACGAUUCUGGGAUAUGGCCUGUUAACUUCUGAUGCACAGACUUUAAUAGACGCUUUGUACAAGCAGAACUUUAAGGUCGUUGUGAUUGAUGAAUCACACUAUAUGAAGUCCAGAAAUGCCACCCGCAGCAAGAUUUUGUUGCCAAUUGUGCAGAAAGCUCUUAGAGCUAUUCUUCUUACUGGAACUCCUGCUCUAGGAAGACCUGAAGAGCUUUUCAUGCAGAUUGAGGCACUGUUUCCAAGAAGAUUUGGAACUUGGACUGAAUAUGCCAAAAAAUACUGCAAUGCUCGUGUCAGGUUUUUUGGUAAAAGAACUCAAUGGGACUGUAGAGGAGCUUCAAAUUUAGAAGAACUACAUCAACUUUUAAGUGAAAUAAUGAUCAGAAGACUGAAGAAUGAUGUUCUAACUCAGUUGCCUCCCAAAGUUAGGCAACGUAUUCCAUUUGACCUCCCACAAGCUGCAGCUAAGAAUUUGAAUACCAUUUUUGCAGAGUGGGAGAAAUUAAUGAGAAAUCUGAAUUCAGAUGCCACUGAAAGCCGCUUUUCUGAGGUCAUGAAUCUAAUCACACGCAUGUAUAAAGAAACAGCCAUUGCCAAGGCAGGAGCCGUAAAGGACUAUAUCAAAAUGAUGCUUGAAAAUGACAAACUGAAAUUUCUGGUUUUUGCUCAUCACUUAAGCAUGCUUCAAGCCUGUACAGAGGCCGUUAUAGAAAGUAAGGUUCGCUACAUACGAAUAGAUGGAAGUGUUCCUUCCGCAGAAAGAAUACAUCUUGUUAAUCGGUUUCAGAAGGAUCCUGAUACCCGGGUUGCUAUUUUGAGUAUUCAGGCAGCUGGUCAGGGUUUAACUUUUACUGCUGCUACUCAUGUAGUGUUUGCUGAAUUAUAUUGGGAUCCAGGCCAUAUUAAGCAAGCAGAAGACAGAGCACACCGAAUUGGACAGUGCAGUUCUGUGAAUAUUCACUUCCUUAUUGCAAAAGGAACAAUGGAUACUCUUAUGUGGGCAAUGCUGAAUCGCAAGGCCAAAGUUACAGGCAGCACCUUGAAUGGCAAGAAAGAGAAAAUGCAGGCUGAAGAAGGUGAUAAGGAGAAAUGGGAUUUUUUGAGCUUUGCUGAGACCUGGACCCCAAAUGAAAGUCUAGAAGAUACCAAAAAUGAACUUUUAUUUACACGUUUUGAAAAGGAAAGACAGCAUGACAUACGUUCUUUCUUUUCCCCAAAAUCCUCCACUGAGAAGAAACGUAAAAUAUUUUCUGGUAAUGAAUCAUUACAUAAUGAAUCAUUAUGUAAUGAUUCAGAAUUUUCUGAAGUCACAAAAGAAGACAAUGCAGAGAAAAGCAAUGAAAACCUGGAUUCCACAAGAACAAGCCAUGAUACAAUUUGUCAUGAAAGUCCCUGUGUACAUGAAGCUAAAAGAGCAAGAAGCAUAAGCGAAUCUACUCCAGUCAGCUCUAGUAAGAAAAAGAAAAAAUCUUUGACUGGAAAAAAGCCCUCUUUGUUUUCAGAAAAAAGCAGUGAAGUCUUUCCUUGUGGCUUAAGUACUUCAGGCAAAAGUAUGGCUUUAAAUAAAGUUUGGCACUGUAGUGUUUGCACUUACAGUAAUAGUGAAUUGCUCCCUUACUGUGAAAUGUGCAAUUGCCCUCAAAGCAGUAAUGUUGAGAGAAAUUGUGAAGCUCCCGUGAGCCAAACUGAGGAAGACGUGUCACAGGACUCCAGAAGAAAUGAAGAGAGAGCGGAGCGCAACGCUGAAGACAGAAGAGAAGAUUUUGGGGAAAUGGUGACCCAGCAAUCUGUUGAAGCUGGCGAACAGGAAACUGUUGAAAUUGAAAGUGAAGAAAGUGAAAAAAAGUGUGGAGAAGGAGAAUUAGAUAAAUCAGACACAUUUCAAAUAUAUGAUGGGCUUAUGUUUUGUGCAAGCAGGAAUACUGAUAGAAUUCACCUCUAUACAAAGGAUGGUGAACCACUGAAUCAUAAUUUCAUUCCGUUGGACAUACAGCUGGAUAACUGGGAGGAUUUGCCAGAGACUUUCCAGCAUAAACGAAAUCGUUCAUCGAUACUGAGGUUUGUGAAAGAAUGGAGUCAUCUAACAGCAAUGAAACAGAAGAUUGUCAGAAAAAGUGGUCAGAUAUUUUGCAGUCCUAUUCAUGCUGCAGAGGAGUUGUCUAAAAAGCAGUCAGUGGUCAGCAGCACGAAAAGGUACCUGACCAAGGAGGAUGUAGCAGCAGCCUCGCUUAUCAAAGCUAGCAGCACCGGGGGCAGUGUUCGCCUCAUCUCAAAAGAAAGUGGGAUUUGUCUGAAGAAUGAAAAUGCUUCUAUUGAACAAUCAGGUCAUUCCACAAAGUUGCUUUCAGAAAAUGGAAGAGGUCCGUCAGCUCUUCAUUCGGGGCAGGCUGAAGCAGAAGGCUCCUCCCUACCCAAAGGCUACUUGCAAGCCUUGGACAGCCAAGGGAACCCUCUCUGUCUCAGCUGCCAACAGCCAACAGCUCCGCUCGAGCCAGGCUGCCAGACCCGUGCUUGGGACACGCGAUUCUGCUCUCAUGCCUGCCAGGAGGACUUCACGAUUCGCUCUAGUCAGAGCUACCUUAGGACUAAAGUGUUUGAAAUUGAACAUGGUGUUUGCCAGUUUUGUCAUCAAAACGCCCAGGAGCUUUAUCUCAGCAUCAGAGAUGCGCCCAAGAGUCAGCGUAAGAAACUUCUGGAGAGUUCUUGGAUGUCUCACCUUCCACUUGGGCAGUUGAAUGACAUCAUAUCAAACCCGACAGAAGGCCAGUUCUGGCAGGCAGACCAUAUCAAGCCUGUUUACAGCGGAGGAGGACAGUGCUCCCUGGAAAACCUUCAGACUCUCUGUACAGUCUGCCACAGAGAGAGAACUGCAAAACAGGCCAAGGAAAGAAGCCAGCUGAAGAGACGUUCUUUAGCUACAAAGUACGGCUGUGAUAUCACAAAGUUUUUUGUGAAGAUGUAA